AUGGAUUUAACAUUGCCAACCGCCGCCCUCUACGCUUUGCCUGCAUUCUGCCCAUUCUACUCCGACUUCAUUGGCACUGCCGUCAACUUCAAGUUUUUCAUUUGUACUAUGGAACUGGACUUUGGUACACUCAAGUUUCUUUCCGCUGGUAAAUCAGCAAUUGUCUACGGAAUCGACGACGCAAAGGUGCUCAAGCGGUACUACGAGGAUGAGGAUGAAGACGAGAGCAUCCUUACGGAGCGCCUAGCCUUCGAUCGGCUCGGAGCCCACGCCAACAUCGUCGAACGCCUUGAUUCCGGUCCCAGAUCUCUUGUCCUUGAACGCGGCCGGCCUCUCAACAAGCUGACCAGAACCUCCAUCCCAAUGGCAACAAGGCUCAGCUGGGUCAGGGAUGCGGCGGAGGGUCUGCAGUAUGUCCACCAGCACGGGAUCAUCCACGCUGACGUUGGGUGCGACAACAUGGUUCUUGUUGGAGGGCGUGUCAAGAUUAUCGACUUUGAGGGUUCCAAGAUCGAUGAGAGAGAGGCGACAUCCUGCUACAAGUGGAACAGUUGCCAGGGGAUCAUCACAAUCGACGAGGAGAGCGACGUCUUCGCAUUUGGCUGUGCUGUCUACGAGAUCAUCACGGGCCUGCCCCCUUGUCAUGAACUGGAGGAUAUGGAGAACCGGGCGCUCCUCUUUGAGCAGCGGUUUGCGGAGGGUCGGUACCCCGAGGUUGCCCACCUGCCCUUGGGCCAACUGGUGCAGGGCUGCUGGGAUGGCUCCCUGCGGUCCAUGGACGAGGUGCUACAGGCGCUCGACACUGACGACAGCAUUGCGGUAACCUGA